UGACUCCUCCGUCUGUCAACACGAGUGUCCGCUGGACUGUGCAGGGAAACUGCGGGAUGCAAUCGAGUCAUGACCUGCGUUUUUUUUUUCAUCUCGGUCACCUUUUUAGAACCCACAGGACGAACGCUCUUGUCGGCGUUUAAACCACGGAGUGCACGCCCAAAUGCCUUCGACGUCUCGAGCAAGAAACGGGCUGACCAACAUCUGCCGGAGCCGGGAGGACUGAGCAAGGAGAAACCGGGGACCCCCAAAAUACCGUAGCUCUGGUGCACAUUUGUCAAACAAUGGCUGCUAGUGGGCUGCACACGCUGUCCAAGCAGGGCAACGUGGCAGGACUGUCAGCAAUGUCCCUCAGCAACACGUCCUCGGGCCCGACACCAGCUCCUGAUAACAGGGGUUGUAAGAAUGGCGCCCUGAUGAACUCGUUUGGGAUCUUCCUUCAAGGACUCCUUGCUGUGAUGGCUUUCAGCAUUCUCAUGUUGAAACGCUUCCGGGAGCCCAAACAUGAGAGGAGACCCUGGAGAAUCUGGUUCCUGGAUACUUCCAAACAGGCAAUUGGGAUGCUCUUCAUCCACUUUGCUAAUGUUUACCUUUCAGACCUUAAUGAGGAGGAUCCCUGCUCGUUGCACACUGGAACCAAUGUUUUGUUUCCUAGAUACCUCAUUAACUUCUUAUUGGAUGCCUCUCUGGGCAUGUUGUUCAUCUACGCUGGCGUACGAGCCGUCAGUGCAGUUGUCGAGUGGAGGCAAUGGGAGUCUCUCCGUUUUGGAGAAUACGGAGAGCCUAUACAGUGCUCAGCAUGGUUGGGUCAGUGUAUUCUCUACAUCCUCAUCAUGAUGUUUGAGAAAGUCGUUAUCAUGCUGGUCCUCCUCAUCCCCCAAUGGAAGAAGCUGGCGCUCCUCAACCCCAUAGACAAUCCUGAGUUGGAACUUGCCCUCGUCAUGCUUAUCGUUCCAUUCUUCGUUAACGCCCUCAUGUUUUGGGUGGUUGACAAUUUCCUUAUGAAGAAGCACAGGACCAAAGCGAAGCUAGAGGAGAGAGAAGAGGAUUUGCGGGGGAACGGCAAGGUGCGCUACAGACGAGCUCUGUCCCACGACGACUCUGAGUCAGAGAUCCUUUUCUCAGCAGACGAUGAAAUGGAUGAGUCAGACGAGGACGAUGUUCGCCGCCUUAUGGGUCUGAAGACGGUUAAGAAGAAGAAGCUGCGCAUGGGUAUCCCCGUUUGACUGAAUGCCUCGAUAAAUGCGGGGCCAGCUACGAACAUUUCCCCCACUUCCUCUGCAGCCUGAUCAUCAACCUACUCAAGAGACCCUUUCAAACAUAGGAACCCCUUUAAUGGCAGUCAUCCAGGUACCCUAAAUGACUCCUGCAGGUUAAACACACUUGGGUUGGUUUUUAUGUUGCAUUUUGACGUGACACACCUGAGUGAGUGUGGUGUGAGUAUACGAGGAAAAUACAGUACAUAAAGCCGGGCUUACUACGAUGUAUGGACUUGUGUGACGUUGUGCCACCGCACUAAUCUAUGACCACAGAAGAACAGUCACCAUGCACCUUUCUUCUGUUUUGUGUAUUCUUGAUACGGAUUCCAUUUGUGUUCUCAUGUCGAUGUACCACCAUGGGCGCGUGCACAUGCUCUGCUCGUCGCCCCUCAAGCUUGGAGGCGUGUUCAGCACCAAUUCACCCUGAACUACUGUAAUUGUUCCUCAUGUCGGAGGUCGCACAUAGAGGUCUGCAGCAUAAGUGACUUAAAAAAAAUAAAAAAAGACAACAGCAAGUCCAGUCACUGCAGAAGUCCUUAAAUAUCCACUCUACUGGUGUAGUGUGUCUUAAAGACUGCAAUUCUACUCUGUUUUUUUUGUCUAACUAUGUUGUGUUUGAGUGUCUACUCUCCUGUGUCAUUUUUCAUACAGGUUUUAUUUGUGGGCCAAAAGAUCGAGUAUGCUUUGCUCCAAAAUGUUCUUUAUCCCAUCAUUCUUUUGCACAAUUGAUCACAUUGUUUCUCUUUCCUUUGGUGUUUCUUUGGCACUACCGCGUGCCCGAGUGACAUUACCAACAAGUGUUUUGUUUGGUAGUUUUGAUGUGAUUUUGUUUGGUUUAACCAGAGCUCUUGAUGUUCAGGCAUAAUGGAGAAUUCAGGAGGCUCUGAUUUGAAGAAUGUGAUGAGCAUAGACCUCAAUACUGUUAAGUGACUGUGGACCAAACAGUUGGGAGAAAGGGUGUCUGUAUAAAAUAUAUGCCUGCGUGUGCAGUUGAUGUGAACGAUGCAGCCCUUUAAAGUAAAUGGAACGAUAUACAUUAUUAACUGUGACUGUGAUGAUACGGCGCUGUUGUGGACAAUUUCAUGGUAGCAUGAAAAAGAUAUUUUAUUUGAAAGGAGGGAAAUCUUUGGCAUGUUUAUCUCGACCAUGACAAGAAGAGGAAUUGUUUUUGUUUUGUUUUGUUUUUUUGCAAAAUGAUUCAAACAAGAGGGGAAGAUAGUGAGAUAUCAUUAGAAAAGAUUUCCCAAUAAAGAAUGUGAUAAACUAUGUGGUGCAAUUGUCCCAAUAUUAGCUCCUCUUCAUAUUUGCAUGGUACCUGGGUGUUGUUAUGAUGUUUUGGCACCCCAGCAAAUGAAUGUACUGUAGUACAUUUUAGAAUGUUUGUAUUUUACGCCACUAUAUUUUUAAUAAUAAUUGGUUUGUAAUA